AUGCCCGAAGAUAAUGAGGACAAGGAAAUUGGGCUUGUCGGCGCCGAUCGGCAAUUAUCUCGGGUCAACCGACUUCGGCAGUCAUUCAGACAUCGGGCUCAACACGUUCGCGAAGAUAUGAGUGAGCGUCUAAAGCGUGUGAGAAAAGUACCGCGUUGGCUUCGCAUUCUUCAAACGAUAUACUACGAAUACGGAUUGAAGCAUAUUUGUCUUAUCACCUUGUUAGUGUUGUAUCAAUUCCUCGGCGCCGGCAUUUUCUAUUUCUGCGAGGCCGGCUACGACGAGCAAAAAGAGGAAAUGUGGAUUCAAAGAAUCGCCGAGAAUCGAACAAUUUUCGUCAAUGAAAUUGUGCCGCGCCUCUUCAACAAUACUCGAUAUUUAUUUUUUCUAUCGCAAAAUCAAACCGACGAGGUUUAUGAUAUGCUUAGCGAGUUGAUAGUUGGAUAUGAGAAGCAGCUCGGGAUCAAGUACACCGAUCAGAAAAUCAAAUGGGAUUUUUGGAAUGCAAUGCUCUAUGCUCAGACGAUUUGCACCACUAUCGGCUAUGGGCAUCUUUAUCCGUCUACAGUGCCUGGCAGAUUGUUCACAAUGAUCUACGCAAUCUUCGGAAUCCCUUUAGUGCUUUCUAUAUUGGAUGACUUAGGGAAAUUACUGACGAGAUGCUUAAAAACACCGUGGUGGUUAUUGAAAUGCGGUUGUCGUCGAGCGUUCCGAUAUUGCACGAAGCAGACGUUGGCGGAGAUUAAAAAAUUGGACGAUGAGGAUAGAAGAGAUCUGGAAAUAUUCGAUCUACCGAUUCCUAUAGCAAUAUUUGUUGUGAUCGCAUGGAUCUUCAUCUGCUCGGCGACAUUCUGCAUUUGGGAGUCCGACUGGGACUAUUUCGUCGCGUUCUAUUUCUUCUUUAUCUCGCUGACCACAAUCGGACUCGGCGAUAUCACUCCGACGCAACCCAAAUACCUUUUGAUGCUAUUCAUCUAUAUAAUAAUCGGGCUGUCGCUGGUUUCAAUGUGCAUCAAUCUCAUACAAGCCAAGUUGGAGAGGACCUACGAAGCUGGCCGCGUCGUUGAGACCGUUCUGAGUAUUGUCGAUAAGACGGGAGGUGUUCUGCUGCAAGCGCAUCCCGAAGAAGUGAAGAGGCGAGGAAGCAGUUUAGGAGUCUUCCGCUCAUCAUCGUCCGCCCAUUCACUAUCAAGAGAGGCCGUUCAGGCGAUGCUGGCUGCCAAGAAGAAAACGAACAAAACCGCGCAAACCGUUUUAUCAUUUCCUGCGGGGACCACGUGCUCAUCGACCGUUUGUCGCACCGUCAAUAAUAAUUCGCGAUAUCGAUUUUUGCCAAGAACAUUAUCCAUCGAUGACGUCAUGCGAAUGGUCGACACUGAAGACGGCGACAUUCUGGUGUUGACCGAUCUUGUUCGUGAUGAUUCAACGCUGUCGCAAAUUUCGCAGCAAUCGAAAACGAUGAGUACGACUAGUUGCAGUGAUGACAGCAACAGCCAGAUUGUCAUCUCAAAGUCCUUCGAUGUGAACUUCAACUCCGGCAAACGAUUCAAUGUGCCGACGUCCUUGUCCGACCCGCAAACAUCGAAACUGACGAGUUCACUUCAUCGCCAACUCCCAUCCGACGAAAAACAGCUGGAGGAAAUUGAAGAAAUCGAGGAUCGAAUCGCUCUUGGAUGCGGACCAUCGCAUCUGGCGAACACCGUACAUUUCCGUUCAAGACUAUCACUCAUCCCCGAGCAAAUUCCAUCGACAGUGGAAGAGGGAGAGGAGCCGAGUUGCUCGGAAAGCAAUCCAUUGACACCGGAUGAGAUAUCAGAUAAUAAUAACAGAAGGAAAGGAUUUCAAGCAAUGCUAGGAGGAUUCUUCGUUCGACGAAAAGAUCGCCAACACUCUCAAGAUUCUGAUGUAACAUGA